AUGGCUCGUCGUGGUCCAAAGCCUUGGACAACAGUGGAAGAGGAUGUGUUUCUCAAAGCUUUACUACCUGAGUUUAUCAGAGCUCGGCAUCUGAAAAUGUUUGUGAAUUUUUGGGCUGAUACCUUCCGCAGUUUUUUCCAUCGAUGGCCCGAGCGUACACGUCUACACCACAAUGGUGUCCCUGUUGAAGGAGACCUUACCCCCGAUCAAUUAAAAAUUGUUAAGCUGGCCAUCGCUGCGCGUAGGAUAGUCAUCAAGCGUUGGUUUAGAUGGCAGACCAAUACAGCGCGUCUCGCGCGUUCAGGCAAUUCCCGUGGUGUGCUCAAUCUCAAUGACACAUUCAGUGGGGGGGUCGAUGAGCUCAAAGGGUCUCGAGCACCACAAGAAGUCGAAAUUUAUUCACAAUAUCACUAUGAAACACGUGUGAAGGCCGCCGCUGAUUCUGCAAUUACAACGGCAGGGAUUUCCUCGCGUGGUAAUAAGCUGGCUAAACGGAAGGAGGUCACUCGUAUCAUGUAUGCCAAGGAGGGUGAUGAAAUACGCACGGAAGUCAAGCAAAAGCACGAAGAAGUGCUCGCCAAGUGGAAACACAAUCGUGAGCUGGCCAAAGCCGGGUUAGUCGAAGAAGUCAAUAAUGACACAAAGAUACAAGCUUUCGAUGAAUUGGGGUCGCACCUGGAUCGUAUCUUCCGUCAUCUAUCCCAUAAGACGGGGGGACUAAAAUUCACCUGCAUUGCUGGUGGACGCAACCCUAGUACAGGAGAGGUCGUUUUAGUCGAUUUCCACUUGGGAGAAACAGACACUGGUGCAGAUUUCUCAGCCUCUUGUUCUGGGUUCUCGGACGUUCAGGUUGCCUAUGCAGAUUUUGUGAAGAAAGCUGUUGCUCACGAUGAUAAUAUGCAGUCGCUGGUGAAUGAAGAAGCAUUGGCACAGGCCCUAGUUACCGGCAAGGAUAUGAACGAGUGCGAGGAUUCAAAUCAAGAUGGGAAUAUUUUUGACGACGAAGACGGGAAUGUUUGUGAUGACGAAGACGGGAAUGUUUGUGAUGAUGAAGACAGACAAGAUGCUACCAUUGGCCUUUAUAAUAUACCCCAGGAGUUCACGCCUGUUCCGGACUUCUCAGUGGGCCUGCAAGGUGUUGACUUGGAUACCUCGGAAUGGUUCAACUUGAACGUGGAUCACCUUUACAAUGAGUCUGAUGCGCUCCUUCAAUUUCAGGAGUUAGACCCUUCAGUUCUUGGCAUGGACAUAACCAAUAUGAUUACCACGCUGUCAAACUUCACUGAUCAAGAUGGUGCCCCCUCCCCGCUUAAUCAUCCAUUGUUCGAAUACCCUACUACCGUUGCAUCUGCUCCCGUACCUGUACAAGACCUUGACUACUACCAGCUCGCACAGUUUUUUCAAGAUCUAAACCUCCCAAACAAUGGAGCACUCGAGUUCACUGUUCCGCCUCCAUUGCCACCUUCUGCAGCGCUCCAUCAUCAGUUACCUGAUCCAUCUACGGUUCCAGGUACGAGAGCAACUACCCCCUUACCACAAUCCACAGCUCUCCAGAUGCUAUUGCCACGACUUCCAAGCAUACCAGCUGAAGUUACCGCUGGAACUCCAUCAAACACGUCUGUUCAUCUCAUUCCAUUGACUACUGACUCGGAGCAACCAAGCGGUCCUCGCCGUACGGCGCGUCGUCACGUCCCAUCAACACGUGAACAGGCACUCAAUGCUAUUGGGUCAUCAAAGGCGCGUGUCUGUGCUGUGACGGGAGCUCAGGAGGGCAAAGAAAAUGACGGAAUCACUCUCUCAUCUACAAAGCGCAAGGCCAAGCUCACCAAUCAACACGUCAACAAGUAA